GAGACGGCGCAGUACAUUCCAUGAUUAGACGAGACACACGCAGUGGCUGGUUUAUAGCUCUGUUGUGCUGGUCGUGUAAAAGAGGGAAAAAUACACACACAUUUUCCAACGAUCGACGAUUCACGAAGGGAACACAGUGCUCCGGGUGUACGCGUGUGACAAAUCCUUUUCAGCAGCGGUGAAGCGGAAAAGCUGUUUGGGAGAUGGGAUCAAUCCCGGCUUUGACUAUCCUGAUUUUGGGAAUGGUUGUCCCUAGCUUGGCUGGAUACAUGGAGGCAUUAGCAGCUAACCCAGGAGCCGGCUUUGCGGUGGCGGAGCCUCAAGUGGCUAUGUAUUGUGGGAAACUCAACAUGCACGUCAACACGCAGACAGGUCAAUGGGAGCCGGACCCUUCUGGGACCAAGAGCUGCAUUAAAAACAAGGAGGGUGUGCUGGAAUACUGUCAGGAGAUGUACCCCAAACUGGAAAUCACAAAUGUUCUGGAAGCCAACCAACCAGUCAAGAUUGAGAACUGGUGCAAGAAAGGAAAGAAACAGUGCAAGUCUCAAGCUCACACUGUGGUCCCAUACAAAUGCUUGGUUGGAGAUUUUGUGAGCGAUGUGCUCCUCGUGCCAGCAAAGUGUCACUUCUUCCAUAAGGAGCGCUUGGACAAGUGUCUCAAUCAUCAGCAGUGGCAAGGGGAAGCAAAGGAGGCUUGCUUGAAGGCGAACAUGGUGCUGCACAGCUACGGCAUGCUGCUACCCUGUGGUGUGGACAAGUUCUAUGGCACGGAAUAUGUUUGUUGCCUGUCCUCUCCUGCUCAGGAGCCUACUCCAACUGCCAUUGCUCCUCAGGAGGAAGACACAGAUGAUGAUGAGGAUGAUGAUGGUUUUGCUGAGGAUUAUGAUGGCGACAAGGUGCAGGAUGAUGAUGAUGAGGAUGACAAUGAUGAGGAGGACGAUGUAGUAGUAGAGGAAAGUGAGCCAGUAAUUGAUGAACAGCCAACUCAGAAGGAAGAUGACGAUAAGAAUGUGGAUUACCAGGGAGAUGACGACGUUGACCAGUACCACUACGUGUAUGAAGAUGAAGAUGAGGACAGAGAGAGUGAAGAGAAAGACGGAAAGAAAGACAAGGACAUGGUUGUUGAGAACCAGGACAAUGACAUGUCUUACCAGGAGAUUAAAGCUGUCUGCUCCAUGGAUGCGGAGACAGGCCCGUGCCGUGCCUCUAUGCCCCGCUGGCACUUUGACAUUCACCAUAAAAAGUGUGUGCGCUUCAUCUAUGGAGGUUGUGCUGGCAACCGCAACAACUUUGAGUCUGAGGAGUACUGCAUGGCCGUGUGCAAAAGCCUGACACUGCCCUCCACUCCACAGCCCAUGGAUGAUGUGGAUGUGUACUUUGAGACUCCAGCUGAUGAUCAGGAACAUAGUCGCUUCCAGAAGGCUAAAGAGCAGCUAGAGAUUAGACACCGCAACCGCAUGGAGAGGGUAAGGAAGGAAUGGGAGGAAGCAGAGCUUCAGGCCAAGAAUCUCCCCAAAGUAGACAGACAGACAUUGAUCCAGCAUUUCCAGGCUAUGGUGGCAUCUCUGGAGGAAGAGGCAGCCAGUGAGAAGCAGCAGCUGGUGGAGACUCACUUGGCUCGGGUGGAGGCCAUGCUUAAUGAUCGUCGUCGUUUUGCCCUGGAGAACUACCUUGCUGCCCUGCAGGCUGACCCACCCAGGCCACACCGUAUACUGCAGGCUCUGAGGAGGUAUGUUCAUGCAGAGAAUAAGGACCGGCAGCACACAAUUCGUCACUAUCAGCAUGUGCUGUCUGUUGACCCUGAGAAAGCGACCCAGAUGAAGUCCCAGGUGGUGACCCACCUGCGUGUGAUUGAGGAAAGGAUGAAUCAAAGCCUGUCUUUGCUCUAUAAGGUGCCCUAUGUGGCAGAUGAGAUCCAGGAUGAGAUUGAUGAUCUUCAGGAGCAAAAGGCAGACAUUGACCAAUUCUUGUCUUCAGAGUCAAAGUCUGAUGUCACCGUCUCUUCUGAAGAAAGUGUGGAGGUUCCAUCUUUCGAGGGGAAACCUUUCCGCCCCUUCCAAGUCCACUCCCUGGGCUCACAGUCAGAACCUGAGGGCGAUCUCUCUGAACCCCCACGUGCCUUCAAGAAAGGCUCUGGGAUGAUGAAUGGUCUGGAUGGUCUGAUUGGAGCAGAGGAGAGAGUUAUCAACAGCAAGAACAAGAUCAGCGACAAUGAGGUGAUUGAUGAGACAAUGGAUGUUAAGGAAGUGAUUUACAGUGCUGAAAAAGUCAGCAUUUUGAAUGUUGAUCCUAUGUUCAGUCACAGAGAAAACCAGGAGAUGCAUCACCCACUGGGUGAGGUGUUCAGCUUUGCGAAUGGUACUCUGAUUGGCUUGCUGGUGAUUGCAGUUGCUAUAGCAACUGUGAUUGUGAUCAGUCUGGUCCUGCUCAGAAAAAGGCAGUAUGGCACCAUCAGCCAUGGCAUUGUGGAGGUUGAUCCAAUGUUGAGUCCUGAGGACCGUCACCUGAACAAGAUGCAGAACCAUGGCUAUGAAAACCCCACCUACAAAUACCUGGAGCAGAUGCAUAUCUAAUCUAGACCAUCAGGGGGCGAUAUGGGGCCACAGAAUGGUGAACAUACUACUGACCAAUAAUAUAACUGCUCUCUCUUAGAAUCAGAAAUGCAUAUCGAGUUCAUUAAGAAACAAAACCAAGUUAUUUAACACUGCUACUAGUUCUAUUAUUGCAACUGCUGUAUCAUGGAGCUCCGUUUAUAAUCUUAAACUCAAUAUUUUGAAUGGUAACAUUGAAUUUUUAAAAUCUGAUCAAUCAUCCGAUAAAAUCUGAUUAUGAAAACCUUUUGGUUUUUCCUUUCAGUAGCUUGCUUGUACAUGCAGGUUAUUUGUACCUACUUAUAUGUAUAGUAAAUCAGAAAGAGAAAGUAUGAUGAGUGAAAUUACUUCAUUUACUUUAUGUACUUUAUUAUUAUAUAACUAAAAGUCUAUAUGAGUAUAAAGCAGGUGUUCCAUUUUCUCGGUUAUUUCCUGAGCUGUGUCGUGUAGGGACAGGUUUGGUUUGUCAUUAUGUCUGUUGCUGUUGCCUGUACUCCUAGUCACAUGUUUGUUGAAUCGGUGUGUGGAUUGAGUGCUUAGAUGAAUAGUACCCUCAGGCACCCUUGUUUUGUUUCAAGGGAAAUCGAAUUGUUUCAGAAGGCAUAUUUUAGUCACAGCACCAUAUGUUUGGUCAAAUUAAUUUCUCUACUUUUAUGAUUGUGAGAAUUGGUUAAAUGGAGGCAGGAUUAUUGGCAGAUGCCUCCAGUCUCUCCCAUGUCUAGUGAACAGCAAUGUAAUGUCCUGUACUCCGCAUGCACAUGCAUGUGAUACUUUAGUCAUUCUAACUGACUACUAUGUUCAACUGACCACCUAAAGAACUGUUUACUGAUUGCAAUCAUUGAUAAUACUGGACACUAAUGGCAAAAAAAAGUGAGACCUGGGAGCUGGAGACUUCCUUUUUAUUUUAUUUUUUGUAAAAAACAAACAAAAAAAUUGUAUAAUGAAAUUCUGCAAGACUCAAAACAUGUUUUAACAUUUUUGCCUUUUUUUAAUUUAUUAUCCUAAUUUUUAAGUGCAUAAUGGUUUCUAUUCUUUUCUUCUAACUGUGGCUGUCACUAUGCACUCAAAUGGCUUGAUAUUGAACCCUGUAAUUGCCUGCUUGAUUGUGGGAAGGGUUAAGGGGACACUAAUAUACUGGAUAUAUAAGAUGGAUAUAUUGUUAGUUCAAAUAGAUGAUUCCUUUCUCUGUGGUUGCAAGCAGGAAACAUCAAUAAAUUCACUUCUUCCAUAGUCAAA